AUGGAAAAUGUCAGGAAGCAAAAAGAUAUCAAACUUGUUACACAUUGGGAUGGUCGAUAUGGUGCGAAAGCGCUCAUCGCAAAACCCAAUUUUCACAGUUGUUCUGUAUUUGAUGAGGAUAUGGUGAUGAUUGAAAUGAAUAGAACAUCAGUUUAUUUCAAAAAACCCAUCUACAUUGGAUUCACAAUCCUCGAUGUGUCAAAAACUAUUGUGUAUGAUUUUCAUUAUAACCAUGUGAAACCCAAAUUCGGGGAUCUUGCGAAAUUGAUGUAUACCGACACAGAGAGUUUGGUGUAUUUGUUCCGAGUACCAAAUAUUUAUGAGUGUAUCAAAGAAGAUAUAGUGAAGUUCGAUAUCUCUGAUUAUAAAGUUGAUAAUGAGUAUGGGAUUCCACUGAAGAAUAAAAAAGUAUUAGAACUAAUGAAAGAUGAAAAUAAUGGUAAAAUCAUGGUUGAAUUUGUAGGAUUACGAGCAAAGACAUAUGUAUUCAGGAUGUUGGAUGAUGAUAAGGCUAAUAAGAAAGCUAAGGGUGUCAAAGCUGCGACACUCAGGAAGAUCACAUUUAACGAUUAUAAGAACUGUCUCUUCGAUAAUGAGCAUAUUGUCAGGGAUCAAUAUUUAAUUCACAGUAAAAAACAUGAGGUGCACACAAUCUGUCAGAAGAAAUCA